AUAUUAACAGCAAAAGAACAACUUUAUCUCCAACUUAUUUGACCUCGUUAUUUGGUUUUCAGUUAAACUCACCAUACGAAAACUAUACAGAAAUUAGCCUGUGAACUACUGGAUGGAUAUUUAAAUAAUUUGAUCAAAACAUUACAUGAGAUGAUUUUCAGAUUUUCUCUCCAAAGCAGGACUCCAUCGCACGUGGAAAAUCAACAAAAGGAACAAGACAGAAAGAAACCUAGGAGAGCAACAAGCAUAACUAUGUGAAGCCAGCUGCUACUGCGGGAAGAUAUCAAACUUCUCUUUUUUCAAUUUUGCUUCUUAGAAGGAAUGGGAAGAUGAAAGACCGACUUCAAGAAUUAAAACAGCGAACAAAGGAAAUUGAACUCUCUAGAGACAGGCAUGUGUCGAACACGGAGGCAGAGGAACAAGGGGAGUUUGUGCAGCAAGCUGUUAUUUAUGAAAGAGAACCUGUGGUUGAGAGACACCUACAUGAGAUCCAAAAACUACAGGAGUGUAUUAACAAUUUGACAGAAGAUGUUCAAAAAUUUGGGCAGCAACAGAAAAGUCUACUGGCUUCAAUGAGAAGAUUUAGUCUACUUAAGAGAGAAUCUAGCACUACAAAGGAGAUAAAAACCCAGGCAGAACACAUUAAAAGAAGUUUGGAUGAUUUAAUAAAAGAAGUUAAAAAGUCAGAGACUGAAAACGGACCAUCAUCAGUGAUCACAAGGAUACUUAAAUCUCAGCAUGCUGUGAUGUUCCGCCAUUUCCAGCAAACUAUGUUUAUAUACAACGACACAAUAACAGCAAAGCAAGAGAAGUGCAAGACAUUUAUUUUCCGUCAGUUUGAAGUUGCUGGAAAAGAAGUGUCUGAAGAAGAAGUAAAUGAUAUGCUUCUUCAAGGAAAAUGGGAAGUUUUCAAUGGAAGCUUACUUACAGAAAUCAGUAUCACUAAAGCACAACUCUCAGAGAUAGAACAGAGACACAAGGAACUUGUUAAUUUGGAGAGCCAAAUAAAGGAUUUAAGGGACAUUUUUAUUCAGAUAUCUCUUUUAGUAGAGGAGCAUGGAGAAAGCAUCAACAAUAUUGAAAUGACAGUGAAUAGUACAAAAGAAUAUGUUAUCACUACUAAAGAGAAAUUCGGAAUAGCUGCAAAAUACAAAAAAAGAAAUCCUUGCAAAGUAUUGUGUUGUUGCUGCUGUCCAUGCUGUAGUUCACAAUAAAGAAACUACUUCAGAAAUGUUUUCAGCUUUAGGAUGAGGGUGUCCCAUUUCAGCAUCUUAUAUUGCUUUUCCUCAUUUCAUGGAUCUAUUCAAAUACCUUUAAUCAUUAGUAAGUUAUAAUUUCCCUUUUAGCCCUUACCCACUAGAAUUACAGAAACUUCUGAAGCCAGUGAUGCAAAGCGAACCUUUGCAAACCUGUUGCACUCCAAAAUCAUGAAAAAAUAGAGAAGUGGUUUAAAUAAA